ACAGUUUGCAUGUCUUUGGUGUGUAGAGCCAUGAGAGAAAUUCCAAAUACUUUCUUUUUUUUUUUUUUUUUUUCUUUAUUAGCCUUCACUUUAAUGUAUGAAGGAUUGGAUAAAUACUGUUCGUUCUGCUUUUGCUCAUGGAUUUGGCUUAAGGUGGCGAUGGUCAUCUGCAUGUACACGCAUGCAUGCUUAUAAGAAAGACCUAUAUAUGGACUAACUGUGUGACAUUGCAAUCUUGGACAAACAGUACGUAGCAAGGCUUGCAAGGUGGACUUUGGAAUAGGACCUGCCUCUUCAAUAACAUUUUUCUUUGCUGAAUUCUUUUGCCUUUAAUGUGCGUUUCCUUCAGACAUUGUCAUGCACCUUUAUCUCCUAAUGUGCAAAGCUCUUAGCUUCGCAUCCCGAGAUAGCUGCUAGCGAUACUAGCACAAUGUUACCCUACAGCUGGGAAGCACUGCUCUCCAUCAGGGUUCCCUUAAGGGUACCACUGGGUAACACAUCUACCCCAGUGCUGCGCUGUGCGGUCUCUUCCUUGCUACGUUACUGUGCAUUCCACGUUCAUCUGGUCAAGCACACUGUUGGCCAACCACCUUCUACAGAGAGAGAGUAUCGUGAACCUCUCUGCAGAGAAGUCCCUCUACAGCACUUAAAAAACAAGUUGUUUCCCGAGUCAGUCAUCAGGAACAUGAUGUAUCAGAUAUUACAAGGGCUAGCUUUUAUCCAUAAACACGGAUUUUUUCAUAGAGAUAUGAAGCCUGAAAACCUUCUCUGUAUUGGACCAGAACUUGUGAAAAUAGCAGAUUUUGGUUUGGCUAGAGAACUAAGGUCUCAGCCACCUUAUACAGAUUAUGUUUCUACCAGGUGGUACCGUGCUCCUGAAGUUUUGCUAAGAUCAUCUAUUUAUAGCUCACCUAUUGAUAUGUGGGCAGUUGGCAGCAUAAUGGCUGAAUUAUACACACUAAGACCUCUUUUCCCAGGCACAAGUGAAGUAGAUGAAAUCUUCAAAAUUUGCCAAGUAUUAGGGACUCCAAAGAAGAGUGACUGGCCAGAAGGGUACCAUCUUGCUUCUGCCAUGAAUUUCCGUUUCCCACAAUGUGUCCCUAUAAGCCUAAAAACUCUCAUCCCAAAUGCAAGUAAUGAAGCAAUACAGCUUAUGAGUGAUAUGUUGAACUGGAAUCCGAAGAAGAGACCUACAGCAAGUCAGGCUUUGAAGUACCCUUACUUUCAAGUUGGCCAAGUUCUAGGACCUCCUCCACAGUAUUUAGAGAAGCAGAUGCCUAUUAAACCAGUUCAGCCAACAGAGCCAAAGCCAGCUUUACCAAAACUGGAAGCUAUAUCCAAGCCCGAACCUCUGUCUUCACCUGAUGUCCCUGACAAAACACAGCCACAACCCCUGUCAAAGGUUAACCACCAGCCCCUCCAGCAAAUUCAGUUGCCUCAGAAUACAGCUAACCAGCAAGUACCAAAACAGCAGCAGCAGCCACAGGCACAACCGUUUUUUCCAGCUAUUAAUAAAAUCUCAUCACCAAAGCAAGCAGCUAGUGGCCCUCAGAAUGGUGCUGUAGGUCCCAAAAGCUGCAGAAGACGAUGGGGUCAGACUUUGGUAAAGGCUAUGGAUAGCUGGGAUGACUUGGAUGACACUGAAUUUGGAAUGUCAUGUUCAAAGAAGGCUAGCAUUGCACUGUUAAAAGAAAAGAAAAACAAGGAAUGUCUUUUCAGUGUGCCAGAACCAAAAGCUUCAUGCUAUAUCCAGCCAGGAGAGGAAAAUAAGGUUCUGAUGACAAGUGAUUCUGGAAGAUCAAAUACAUCAGCAAAACAAUACUAUCUAAGACAAUCAAGAUAUCUACCUGGUGUAAACCCUAAGAGCGUCUCUUUAGCAGCAGUCAAUAAAGAAGCAUCGCAUGGAACGUGGAACAACCACUUCUUUUCUAAACCGCUGGCACAUACUGGAGGAGGAGUAACUUUCAACAGAAAUACUACAGAUGAGAACUUAAUUAUACCUAUUGAAAAGCUAUCAUGCAAAGAAAGGUUGAAUGAAAAAUUAGAGGAUCCAAAAGGAAAUCCUGGCUUUGUAAGUGGUGCUACUUACAACCCAUCAGGAGUAUAUAUCCCUUCCUUUCACAAAAAAGAAGUUGGAUCAGCUGGACAACGGAUACAGCUAGCUCCUCUUGGUGCACCUGUAUCAGAUUAUUCCUGGAAAACCAAAGCUGCUCGUGCUCAGUUACCAGGUCCUACUUUCAACUCAGCAGCAAAAAACAUGAGUAUUUUAACUCGCCCACCAACAAUUCAGCCAGUACAUGGAAGAACAGACUGGGUGGCCAAAUAUGGAGGAAACAGGUAGAAAACACCAUCCUUUAUAGAUACUAGAUGAGCUGUGUUCAAUUCUCCUGCACUGGAAACCUGAAAUGCCUAUUUGCUCUAACUUUGCCUAAGACUAUGCAAUAGUAAAGAAGAAAAGAAGACCUUGUGUUCUAUUACCUGUAUAAUACAUGUAAUACCACAUAAAAUACUGGCUAUAAAGUAGGAUUUAUUGAAGUAUUGAGUAACACACAUUGCCAAAACUACCGAGAAGUAGAUUUCACUCGACAUUUUUCUCUAGAUGGAUCUCCUAGCCUCAUACUCUUAAAACAACCGUUACAGUUGUUUGCCCAAUGCAACGUCCACUGUUGGCAUAUGCUUGAAGCACACAAGCAGCUAGAAGCAGGCCUAAAGCAGAGCAGCACCAGGCUUUCAGGUUAUUAGGCUGGUUCCUUACCAGACAGAUGAGAGUGAAAGCACAGAUCAGGCUUUGUGAAGACCACCACGCUCUCCUACAAGGACUUCAGAACUCACUUCUACCUAAGAGUUACCUAGGGUCUGUAAUGUGCAAAUAUUUAUAACAGCAAUGAGAACUUAACUCCUGGUAGUAGGAUAUAAGCAAUCCACUGAUAAAUACUACACAAGGAAGGUCUAAAGACUUGGCCCAUAUAUGGCUAUAGAAUGAUAAAGCAAUAUUGGAUAAUACCUAAACAAGUACUGAAUGCUAGACCUACCUCAUCAAGCUGUAGAGAACCUAAAAAAUUAGAUUCUACUGUUAUAAUUAACUUAUGACCAUUUUUGGUUGAAGAUCUGUGGAGAUUUAUAUCUGUCCUGUCAAGGGAAUGUCACAGUGACAUUUUAAGGAGCCUGAAUUACUGCAGUCUUGUCAGUCAUUUUAAGGGUGAAUUAGCCAGAAAGGCAUAAAUUAUCAGUAAACUUCUGGUUUUACAUGCCUUUAUUGGGUGAUCAAACUUAACUACAGAAGUUGAAUAAGCUACAUGAGGGAGGAUAUUGGGCUGUUCCUCAAAUACAUUGCUUUCUGGUUUAGAUCUUAAAGGCCAAGUUAGGUACCUGAAAACACACACAAACUUUAAUACCUCACUGUCUAUAUGCUCAUUCAGUACUUUCCCUGGCUUUUAUGCCAAGUUUUAUAGUAAUAUUCCGCAAAUGACCUUGCAAUGUACAAUAAAUUGGUUUUAGGAUGUUGAGCUAGGCUACUUCUGUUAACAACUGCAUAUAGAAUAGAUGCUUUAGACUUAGUAGUUACAUUAAACCUGCCAUUUUAAAGUACAAAAUUACUAUGUUCUUUAAAGAUGUAAAGCUGUUAAUAAUUACUUUAAGCAUUGUAAAAAAGAAAUGUAUUUGUAUGGCUUUUAUAACUGCAUAUAAAAAUUUAAAUUCCUGUUGUUGACCUAAUGUGCUGUAAUAUAUGGGUUAUGUUAACUUACUGGAAAUCAAUUUAAUCUACAACAGUUGUACCAAAAAGUCAAGUAUUCUGUUAUGACAAUUGCACCCAAAGAAAACACUAUUUUAAUACUGGAAGAGCUAUACAGGGCUAGGGAUAUCUGGUUAGUAAUGCACUAGAGAGUUUAAUUCAAUUGCCAUUGGUCUAGGCUUAAGUAUUUGUCAUUCCCUUAGUACUAACAGAUGUACCUAUGCUAUUUAAAUGCAUCUUAAUUUAUCCAGAGAAUAUAUCUGUAACUGGCUAGGGCAAUGAAGGACAACCUCAGACUUUCUAUAACAGGCAUAAAUGCACUGGUUUUCUAAUUAAAAAACAUGAGAAAUGAAUCAUUCAUCUAUAGUACAAGAUGCCAGUGACUUAGUUAAAAUCACAGUCUGGUCAAGGAAUUAACUAAUAAUGUGUCCAUAGCUCACGUGUCCGUAAGUCACCUAGAGCAGAAAAAUAAAUAGGUACUAUUUAUGGCACUAAAUAGGGCUAGAAGAAACAUGCUGUCCUUACCACAUGCUAAUGAACAUUGAAAUGGCUUUGAUGUAACCAUAACAGCCUUUACUUGUCCAUAAUCAAAGCAUGACAAGUGUUAAGAUAUUCUUCUUGCAAACAGCAAGAAAAAAAAAGUAAUGAGACUAACAGGCUUUGUACAGUCAUUUUAACUGAUUCAUUGAUACACAUUGAGCUGUUAGUACAGAAAUGCCAUCUAAUGCUUAAGAAAUUUAGUAUAUGCUAAUAAAGUUCCAAGGGAGUAAAAAGUAUAUAAGGCUAAAGCUUUUCUCUCUGCCUUUUGUCUGGAUUACUGUUGUUUCUCCUGAACAUGAGAAAUGGUAUCAGGAGUUCUACCAGCAGUUCUCAAUUCAAGCUACUGCUUUCCAAAGCUCAUGAAACAGCAGCAAGGCUUAACACUUUGGUCUAAGAGUUUAAAAGCUUAUCAGUCCAAUUCCCUUUGCUUUCUAUUGUCUUUAUUCCAUUAAAAGACAAUUGCAGCCCAAAUCCACGAGUUACCUGAUUUGAGACCAGCAUUAUACAAUUAGAAAACUGCUGGAUUGUGGCUGUUCUCAGUUUAUUGCAAGAGAUGCAUUUAUGUUUGCAGCUUACUUCCACAGAAGAUAACUGCUUCAAAAGCAAUGUGAAGAGGUAAAUAACCCACAUGGUAGUUUAAAGAGAAGUGUCUUAAAUGCUAAUGUCUGGCUUAUUAACCUUUUCAAGCUAGAGCAAAGGCAUUCAGACACCUGUCCGCCAACACUGGCUCCACAGCCUGGGAUUAGAUACUUAAAAGGACCAUCUGCUGUCCUGCACACCCCUUGUUUCUACACAGGGAGGUAAGAGGGAAAAGCAAAUAUGGGUGAGCACCUGAAGCUGAACUCUGCAGGAUGAUGAAUAAGGGCUCUAGGAAGGUGCCCCAAGUACAGUUGCCCCUCAAGAGAUCUCACUGCCUGUGCUCAAGCCAGCUCUGACUCAACUUGCAUGGCCUGGGACCAGGCUGCUGAGACCCUUGCCCUUGCCAGAGCUGUGCUGCAGCUGUGUCCAUGCCUGGCCUUGUCCCUGCCGAUCUGGAAUCCAGCCUGCCUGACUUGGCAUCUUGGCUUGACCUCAUCCCUGUGACUUGCCUGGCAACCCACUGCACUGCUGGCAGAGCCUGGCUACCGCUAUCGGACUAGCUCUGCACCUCCUGCUCAGGCAACGCGAGGUCACUGCCCUGCCUAUUUUGCUGCAACAAGGAAGGAGGGAAGGAAGAAAGAUCACAAAAUGUCAUCCUCCUGCUAAGGUACUAGCCUGCUAUUUAGAGAACUCUGAGCAACUGCAGAGUCUCACCAAUCUAGUGGAUCAACCCCACUGUUUCCAUCUCUCCCAGUACCAGCCACCAAAGAAGAAAGGUUGAGGAAAUCGAAGCUCAGGACCUGUGCAGAAAGGGACAUAAGUUAAAUAAGACCAGAAAAGGGAUACAUUACCAUCAAUGCAUAGCUCCCAGGAUUAUUUCUGCACAGCAGGUUUAUAUUUAGAAUGAUUUCAGGCAUCAAGGGAAUCAACUGAGGACAAAGACUGAUCAACUGAGCCCUUUGGUCUUUAAACUUUCAUAGAGCAUUUUUCAAAUCUAAAAUAGAAGAUUCCUCUCAGAAAAAAAAAAAAAACAAACCCCCAAAAAACCAACACAAAACUUACUAAUAUAACACUUGUC